AUGGUUGUUCAAGAUGUCAUUAGGAAAAAGUCAAAGGCACGCGGUGACCCAGUGGCCAGACAAAAGCUAAUUUGGGCCGUUGGCCACGCAAUGACGGUGGGUUUAGGUGCCCUUUACGCACUAUUUUAUCUCUGGCAAUGCUUGACCAUGUACCGCUACAGAUCAUGGAAAACACUCUUUUUGAUUGCCAGACCUCCACACGUCGAUUCUAAAACGUGGUUGCAGCUGUUGUGGCGGUCUCUGCCGCAAAUUAGUUACCGAUUGUCUUUAGUUGGUGUUCUGGCAGCUUAUUCUGUGACCAGCUACCAAAAAUGGUUUUCGUUGAACCCUACCUGGUACGACCUUUUGAGCAGAGAGAAUUUUCAAAGCAUUCUAAUCGCAACGUUGUGGCUUUUCAGCAGAGCGUCACUUUUCAAAUUGGUGCCCUUUAUUCUCACUAGUUUCCUGCAUCUAACAGUGAAGCCGGAAAAGAAAACGGAUGUGAAAGAAGAUGGCAACAAAGAUGAGGUCAAGAAACCAUUGAAUGAGAAGGAUGGUAAGGAAACAAAACCUAAGGACAACACAACUACAUUAUUGCACAUUAUUGCGUACUCCGAGCUUAUUACGGUGGUUAGUCUAUUUUUCGACAUCAUCACAUUUAGGGAUGGUGUCGCUGGGUUUGUGCUGGCGAUUUAUAUGUCGAUCUACUGGCUAAGACUCAAUUUCUCCCCCUACGCCCAGGAAACGCUGCUGAGAAUUGUACUAAAAGUGGACAAAAAAAUUCCUCCCAAGUACCAAUCUCAGUGGAAAGACAUCAAGCAGUUCCUAUACCUGAGGAUGGAUGAGAGCCGCAGAAAGGAUUAG